GGUGGCCGCUGCCCGCUGGGCACCAGCCCGCGGCCGCCGCCGGUGCCGGCGCCUCAGGCGUUGCCCGGGGGCGGUGCUGGUCGGUGGGUGCCUGGAGACGCGUGCCCCCGGCGCUCCUGGACGGGCGGCGAACAGUGCCGGCCAGGCUGGCGCCGUGUGGCGGGGACACUGAGCCAGCCACGCCACCGGAUAUGGAAAGAACUGUCUGAGCUGAGCGAGCGGCUGAGCAGCGGCAGCGGCUGACCUGAGCUCAGGUCACCAUGGGCUGCUGCGGCGCCGCCACUCGGGUGGAGAGUCUGGGCAAGGAUGGAGCCCCGGUGGAGCUGCCCUGCAAGGACCGCUCCGUGCGAGACCUGCCCUGUCUCGUCAUCUUCAUAGUGUUCCUGGUCGGAGGGAUCCUCGGGAUGUGCGUCGUUCUAUCGGAAGGCACUCUCAAACGAAUUAUCAACGGCUACGACAAUUACGGAAACGUCUGCGGUAUGAAAAAUAAGCCCAUCGACAAGGUCUCAGAGAGCGGAAGGGACUACUCCAACAAAGGGAUAUUACAGAUAUCAACCCCCUUGGGCGCUCUGGACUUGACGAGAGCCACGGCCGACUUUGGACCAAAUCCUUUCCACCUGUCAAACCGAACAUGUAGUGACAAGUGUCCGAGCGACCGAGGGGAGCGCAUCAUCAACUACUGCUUCCUCUCUGGCUCGGCCAGCUCCGAGUCGAGCGGCAACUCGUCCGACACCUCCGUCAGCAGCACUGACUUCAUGGGCGCCUCGUCUCUGUUCGAGGGCAUCUCGCGCGACCUGCAGGCCGCCUGGCCAGAGCUGGUCGGCAUCUGCGCCAUCGCACUCGCGCUGUCCGUGGUGCUGCUGGUGAUUCUGAGGUUCCUGGCGUGGCUUAUCGUUUACCUGGUGGUGGUCAUAGUCAUACUCGGUGCUCUGGCCGCAACUGGGUUCCUAUGGUAUCAGCACAUCGACUACAAGAAUGAAGCAGAAAAAUCGUCAAGUGUUACGAUAAAGAACAUACGAAAUUCACAAGCACAAGCCUUCUUAAUUUAUGCAAUCAUUGCAUCUAUCUUGACGCUCCUGCUGCUGAUCGUGCUCUUCAUCAUGCGGAAAAGAAUCAAACUGGUGACCGCCCUGUUCAAAGAGGCUGGCAAGGCCAUCCAGGCCAUGCCGUUCCUGCUGCUACAGCCACUGAUUACGUUCCUGGUUCUGACCAUCACACUCUGUGUGUGGGUGGUCGUCGCCCUCGGUAUCGAGUCGAUGGGCACGCCCGUUCCAGGAAAAGACUCUGGAUUUGUCUCGUUCCACGCGACAUCGACCAUGGGCUUUUUCCGGUGGUACAACCUGUUUGCGCUGUUCUGGAUCUCCCAGUUCAUUCUGUCCUGUCAGGACAUGGUGGUGGGAGGCGCCAUCAGCAAGUGGUUCUUCACACGGGACAAGUCGAAGCUGGGCAGUCCGAUUCUGCUGGCCAUCAAGAACACUCUGUUCUACCACUUGGGCUCCGUGGCGCUCGGAUCGUUCAUCAUCGCCGUCGUCAAGAUGAUCCGCUUCAUACUGAAGCGCCUGCAGAAACGCAUGGGCCAGAACCCCGCCAUCAAGGCAGUCUGCUGCUGCUGCCAGUGCUGCAUCUGGCUCCUCGAGAAGUUCCUCAAGGUCCUCAACAGGAACGCCUACGUAGAAAUCGCCAUUCACGGCUACUGUUUCUGCAAAGCCGCCCAGCAGGCCUUCGGCAUCAUGGCAAGGAACGCACUGCGCGUGGCCGCCAUCAAUAGCAUCGGCGACUUCGUGCUGUUCCUCGGCAAGGCGGCCGUCACCGUAUCCACCGUCUUCAUCGGGCUCGAGAUCAUGAAGGGUCGCCCAGAUGUGCCGGGAAAAUACGUUGUCGUCGCCAUCGGUGGUGUUUUCGCCUACAUCAUUUCCUAUACGUUCAUAUCAAUAUACGAGAUGGCAAUUGACGCACUGUUCAUCUGCUUCUGCGAGGAUUGUGAACUGAACGACGGCGUCAGCAAGCCCUACUACAUGAGCAAGGGACUCAUGGAGCUGGUGCAAAACAGCAAGAAAGCUCUGGCCGAGCUGAAGAACAAACAAGAAAAGAAGCCUCCAUCUGCUCAGCCAAUGUUUGUCAGAACAGCCCAGUGAUCGCAAAGCUCAAAGAUAAUCUUAGUUUUAGAUAUGGCAUCUGGCUGCUUUCGCAAUGCAGUUACCCCUGCCAGUAAUGUGGCUACGUUACUAACAAACGUUCCAAAAGUCGGCGAGGGUGAGCGCCAGCUGACGGCCAUAGAAGCGGCCUUAAAUAAGUGCCUUCAACAUAGGCGAAGUGUUAUUUUUAGAGGUGUUUGUUAGAGCGUACUAAAGGAGCAUUUUAAUCGCGCCUGAUAUCCAAGACCCUUUCCGUGAUUCAAACUACUGUGCAAGCUCUACACCUGAGUCGUGGAAGUGUGAUAAAAUAGCAUAAGACAUUACCUACAUAACCAUCACGAGGAACAUCGUGCUGAACGUGUACACAUUGUAGACAUUAUUUAGGUAUGUUCAGUAAGCCACGUCAUAUUUAUGUUGAAGCCAACUUGACGAUCUCACUUACACACAUAACGUUUGUGUGUUGAUUUUACAGAGCUUGGUCUUGCCCUGCUAUGCGUGUACGUCUAUCACCAUGAUUCGUUUAUGAUUUGACUAAUAAACUGAUCAAGCUAGUACUAACUUAA